UUUUUUUUUUUUUUUUUCACAGCUUCUCUUGAGUGUUUCACUUGCACACAUGGGCUGCAGGCAUGACUCGCUUCAAGUGUAGGCUUUUGUGAAUUGCGAAAAAAAAAGAAGAAGAAGAAGAAAAUCUCUCAUCCAAGCAGUGGGAAUCCUUUGUUUUGUCUUUUUGCAAGUGGCCAGAAACUGUGAAUGAUUAGAGAGCUGUCAGGAACACACAGUGUGGUAAACACAGUACGUGCUGUGCUGUUUUCUGUGCAUGUGGGACUCCUCGGCAUCCUGAGUGCUGACUGGUUUUCACGUGCUGCUGGGUCCCUCGAGCAAAAAGCCACACUGUUGCUCCUCUUCUUACUCACUAAACUGUUUUUUUUUAAAUGCCCUUUAAAAGCUGGGAGCAUCACUUCACAGCCAUCUCCAGCAGUGUCAGUUGUUUUGGGGUUUUUUUUUGUUUUUUUUUUGCUCCUCAGUGGUGCCGUUAACGGACGUCGAGAUAGUUAAUUUCUUAUCUCUUUGAUGUACAACUGACUUAGCACUUUUUAGGGUGAGAUGUGAUUAGUUAUUAUGAUACCAAGAAAAUCGAGCGUUCAGGACACGAAACAGGGUGUGAGUUGUACCUAACCGAUGACUCAGCCCCUCCCCGACUCUGCCCUUCACAUAAGGGUGUCAUUUUUGAACCCAUCUUCUGCCAAACUGCCAACAAGAACGGAUAACAACACUUCCAGCUUCACACGAAAAGCCCACCACCACCAGCAGCAGCAGCAGUGGCAAGGAGCUGAUGACAUAAAAACCACCACAAGCUCCUCAGACGAUGCGAAGAAGGUGAUGCGGCGGGAGAAGAACCGGAUCGCCGCUCAGAAGAGCAGGAUGAGGCAAACCCAGAAGGCCGACAGCCUACACUUGGAGAGCGAGAACCUGGAGAAGGAGAACGCCGCCCUGAGGAAGGAGGUGAAGCAGCUGACCGAGGAGGCCAAGUACCUGUCGUCCGUGCUGAGCAGCCACGAGCCCAUGUGCACCGGCCUCACCCCUCAGACCCCAGACCUCCUCUACCCUCCUCACCACAGCAGCUACCACCACCAGCACAUCACCGUACCACACUACCAGCACUGACCUGCGAAAACGACUACUGAAAAAAAAAAAAAAAAAAGGAAGACGUGAGGCGAAAAAAACGGACGACUGACCUCAACGGAGAGAAGAAGAAGAAAAAAAAAGACUGACUGGAGAUUGUGUGUCUUUUUAAAUGACAUGACAGGCCGACAUGUCCGCUAAAGCAAUGACAGCACGGAGCCCAAACUGUACCUCGGCAGUGUUCACAACUAUUUAUUUCUCGCUCUGCUCAUCUCUGUUGCUCUUACCUGAUCAUGAAUAUCAGUGAUAUCUGUGUGUGAACUUAAAAACAAGAAAAAAACAAAAAACAAAACAAAAAACGGCUCUACCAGUCUAUGUUUACAUCGGGACACAAAGAAAAGAAAAAAGAAAAAAACAACCGUCUGUAUGUUCAUGUGACUCAGACCAUGCAGUAUUUUUUGUUGUAAAUUUGCUCUUUUUUUGUUUUGUUUUUAAAGUGUCAGGGAUGAAGGGAAAAAGCCCGUCGUGUUAUUUUUUUUUAAUUUUGAGAUGUUUAUAUAAAUGUGAUUUCAGUGUGUUCGUGUAGUUCGAUAAUGCUCAGGAGCUUUUUAUUUUAUUUUUUAUUUUAUUUUAUUUUUGACAGAUUUGAUUGUGGACAAACUAGAAUGUAAAGUCAAGAUCCUUAAAAACAAACAACAAGACAACAACGGAAGAAAAAGAAAAAAAUGGCUUCGAUUGUACCAAAAAAAGAAAAAUGUUUGGCAGUGAGGAGUGGGCAUUCAGAGGGGUCUUGACUUGUGUGCUGGUGAUGAUGAUGAUGAUGAUGAUGAUGAUGAUGAUGCUGGUUUUGUGAGGAGACCCAGCAAAGAUAUUUAUUAAAUGUGAUGCCUUUUUAGGUGGUUGUUUCUGA